AUGGUAUUUUAUGCUGGUCCACUGUCAACUGGCCAACUACUGGGGGGGCCCCCCCUGCUGGGCGACCGCCGGCACUGCCCCCUCCCGCCCCCUCACCGCCGCCCCCUGCUGGGCGACCGCCGGCACUGCCCCCUCCCGCCCCCUCACCGCCGCCCCCUGCUGGGCGGCCGCCGGCACUGCCCCCGCCCCCUCACCACCGUCCCCUGCUUGACGACCACUGGUACUGCCCCUCUCACCCACCACUGUCCCCUAAUGGAGGGUGGCAGGUACUGCUCCCUCCCCCUCACCGCCGCCCCCUGCUGGGCGGCCGCCGGCACUGCCCCCGCCCCCUCACCACCGUCCCCUGCUGGACGACCGCCGGUACUGCCCCCUCUCAUCCACCACUGUCCCCUGCUGGAGGGUGGCAGGUACUGCUCCCGCCCCCUCACCGCCGCCCCCUGCUGGGCGGCCGCCGGCACUGCCCCCGCCCCCCUCACCACCGUCCCCUGCUGGACGACCGCCGGUACUGCCCCUCUCACCCACCACUGUCCCCUGCUGGAGGGUGGCAGGUACUGCUCCCGCCCCCUCACCGCCGCCUCCUGCUGGGCGGCCGCCGGCACUGCCCCCGCCCCCUCCCCACCGUCCCCUGCUGGACGACCGCCGGUACUGCCCCCUCUCACCCACCACUGUCCCCUGCUGGAGGGUGGCAGGUACUGCUCCCGCCCCCUCACCGCCGCCCCCUGCUGGGCGGCCGCCGGCACUGCCCCCGCCCCCUCACCACCGUCCCCUGCUGGACGACCGCCGGUACUGCCCCCUCUCACCCACCACUGUCCCCUGCUGGAGGGUGGCAGGUACUGCUCCCUCCCCCUCACCGCCGCCCCCUGCUGGGCGGCCGCCGGCACUGCCCCCGCCCCCUCCCCACCGUCCCCUGCUGGACGACCGCCGGUACUGCCCCCUCUCACCCACCACUGUCCCCUGCUGGAGGGUGGCAGGUACUGCUCCCUCCCCCUCACCGCCGUCCCCUGCUGGGCGGCCGCCGACACUGCCCCCGCCCCCUCACCACCGUCCCCUGCUGGACGACCGCCGGUACUGCACCCUCUCACCCACCACUGUCCCCUGCUGGAGGGUGGCAGGUACUGCUCCCGCCCCCUCACCGCCGCCCCCUGCUGGGCGGCCGCCGACACUGCCCCCGCCCCCUCACCACCGCCCCCUGCUGGGCGGCCGCCGGUACUGCCCCCUCUCACCCACCACUGUCCCCUGCUGGAGGGUGGCAGGUACUGCUCCCGCCCCCUCACCGCCGCCCCCCUGCUGGGCGGCCGCCGACACUGCCCCCUCCCGACCCCUCACCACCGCCCCCUGCUGGACGACCGCCGGUACUGCCCCCUCUCACCCACCACUGUCCCCUGCUGGAGGGUGGCAGGUACUGCUCCCGCCCCCUCACCGCCGCCCCCUGCUGGGCGGCCGCCGACACUGCCCCCCGCCCCCCUCACCACCGCCCCCCUGCUGGACGACCGCCGGUACUGCCCCCCUCUCACCCACCACUGUCCCCUGCUGGAGGGUGGCAGGUACUGCUCCCGCCCCCUCACCACCGCCCCCUGCUGGGGGACCGCCGGCACUGCCCCCUCCCGCCCCCUCGCCGCCGCCCCCUGCUGGGCGGCCGCCGGCACUGCCCCCUCCCGCCCCCUCACCACCGCCCCCUGCUGGGCGACCGCCGGUACUGCCCCCUCUCACCCACCACUGUCCCCUGCUGGAGGAUGGCAGGUACUGCUCCCGCCCCCUCACCGUCGCCCCCUGCUGGACGACCGCCGGCACUGCCCCCUCCCGACCCCUCGCCGCCGCCCCCUGCUGGACGACCGCCGGUACUGCCCCCUCUCACCCACCACUGUCCCCUGCUGGAGGGUGGCAGGUACUGCUCCCGCCCCCUCACCGCCGCCCCCUGCUGGGCGGCCGCCGACACUGCCCCCUCCCGACCCCUCACCACCGCCCCCCUGCUGGACGACCGCCGGUACUGCCCCCUCUCACCCACCACUGUCCCCUGCUGGAGGGUGGCAGGUACUGCUCCCGCCCCCCUCACCGCCGCCCCCUGCUGGGCGGCCGCCGACACUGCCCCCGCCCCCUCACCACCGCCCCCUGCUGGACGACCGCCGGUACUGCCCCCUCUCACCCACCACUGUCCCCUGCUGGAGGGUGGCAGGUACUGCUCCCGCCCCCUCACCACCGCCCCCUGCUGGGGGACCGCCGGCACUGCCCCCUCCCGACCCCUCGCCGCCGCCCCCUGCUGGGCGGCCGCCGGCACUGCCCCCUCCCGCCCCCUCACCACCGCCCCCUGCUGGGCGACCGCCGGUACUGCCCCCUCUCACCCACCACUGUCCCCUGCUGGAGGAUGGCAGGUACUGCUCCCGCCCCCCUCACCGUCGCCCCCUGCUGGACGACCGCCGGCACUGCCCCCUCCCGACCCCUCGCCGCCGCCCCCUGCUGGACGACCGAUGGCAGGUACUGCUCCCGCCCCCUCACCGCCGCUCCCCGCUGGAGGAUGGCAGGUACUGCUCCCGCCCCCUCACCGCCGCCCCCCGCUGGACGACCGCCACACUGACCCUCCUGCCCCCUCACCGCCGCCCCCUGCUGGACGACCGCCGACACUGCCCCCUCCCGACCCCUCACCGCCGCCCCCUGCUGGGCGGCCGCCGACACUGCCCCCCGCCCCCCUCACCCCCCCCCCCGCUGGACGACCGCCGACACUGCCCCCUCCCGCCCCCUGCUGGAUGA